CAACACUCCCUAUUAAUCACCUACAGGGCCAUUGUGGUCCUGUCCUGUAAACGGCGCCAGUGCAGGCAGGCUGACAGAGAAAGAAGAAGAGAGAAGGAGGAAGAGGGGAAGAGAGGAAGAGGGGGCAGGGUGGCUGCAGGGAGAAAGAGGGGGAUAGAAUGGUUGGGGAACAGCCGGUAUGCCCACCUCAGCUCCUACUGCGGGGCUGGGGAGCAGUGUUGCUGUCUCAGUGCUUGUCCUCCGUGUUCUCCCAGAUCCCGGAUCCUGAGCUUCUACCCACACCGCCCCCAAAGAAGCCAGACCCUGUUACUUCAGAGACCGUUGUGUUCUGGGGGCUUCGGUUAUGGCAAGUCAUUGGCAUAUUUGCCAUGUUUGCUUUGGCAGUCGUCAUCACUUUGUGUUGUAUAUUCAAAUGCCGAAUCCCAAGAACCAAAAAGGAAAUAGAGGCCAGGCAUGCACAGAGACAGGCUGCCAAGACAUAUGCCAACACGUUGGAGACAGUGCCACCUCUGAAUGAGCUGACUGAAAUUCCAGGAUCUAACCCUGGUGCCUCUGCAGUGCAAACUGUGUCUGAGCAGGUCUCAACUCAAAGUGAAAACAGCAGCAAUCUCUCAGUAGCUAGGGCCAGCGAGGAGCAGCCCAGCUCUCACUCUUUGCCAGACACGGAGUAAUGCUUUUCUCCUUUUCUUCUGCUCUUCCUUCAGACUCUUGCAUGGGUUAAUUUAUUUUACAAAACACAACUUGAAAAAGGCACAGUCACUCUUAGAAUUCCAUUUUUGUAGAUCUACUGCACGCAUAGACCAUCUAGUGUCACAGAGUUUCUAAUAAUUGCAACUAAAUUAUAUUCAAGUCAUGUUUAGCCACUUGGAAAUGUCACAUUUAAAGAAAGCACAGUUUACAAUGUUCAGACCUUUUGUGAUUGUGAAGAACUGCAAUUGUGUGUAUUAGGAAAUCAAGCAUGCAUAUGUAGCUGAAAAAUACACAUUGUGCUACUUUUCAUGGUCUGUAGUGCUUAACUGUUGAAGUUAGCCCUUUUAUAUUUUGUGAGGCACUCUUCUUCCUAAUAUGAUAAAUGAUUUAUAUUUUACCUAAUGCAUGCAUGCAUGAUCAUUUUGAAAACAAGCAACGUUACUAAGAAAUUCUGAGACAGAAAUUUGCCAUCACAAUAAGUGGUGCAAAAUACCAUGCAUGCAGCACUCUUAAUUUUUAAUGUUCCUGGACUGUUCUUUCCUGUUUUCCUGUCUGUCUGUGUGUUCUCCUCAGAUCAGGUUUGAAAAAAGGUAAUUGCUUAUACUGCUCACAGUGUAAAUGAAUCACCACUGCUGUCAGUAAAGGUUUUGUCUGCUUAAAUUAUCUCUAUCCUUUAUCUCUCCUCUGGUGUGUUUCUCCUCCCCUUGAGUGUUGCUUUGUAUAUCGAGAUUUAUCUAGCUUCUUGAUCAUGUCCAAACUUUCAAUCUUUCAGUGAAAAAAAUGAUUGAGAUUAAUUAAGAUAUGGUACGCAUUGAUUAGCUCUUGCACAAUUAAUGACUCU